CAUUUCUCGUUCUCUUUCAUGAUCACUACUAAGCUCAAACGACCACCACCUUUUCAUUACAUACCCGGAAUUUCACUCCCACACACACUCUCACCAUCUCACCCAUGUCGUAGACGACUUUUUACUACGUCGUCAACCGCCGCACAUGCAGAUUUAUUGAAUGAAUCGCAGAACGGACAACGACAAUCCAAACCCCGAGUUAUUUUCUCUGGGAUUCAGCCGACUGGUAUCCCACAUCUAGGCAACUACCUCGGCGCUCUCUCCAACUGGGUUAAACUCCAAAAUACCGCCUCUCCCUCCGACGAACUGCUUUUCUCUAUCGUCGGGUGGCACGCGCUGACCUUACCCCAAGAUCCUCAAAAGUUACGCGAGGCGAGAAUGGAUAUCCUCGCUGUGUUGUUGGCGAUCGGAAUAGACCCCGAUAGGGCGGUAGUUUUUCAUCAGGACCAUAACCCCAAUCAUACCGAGCUUGCAUGGAUAUUCAAUUGUAUCACACCGAUGGGCAAGCUUCGGAGGAUGACAACCUGGAAAUCGCGUCUCGCUACGUCUCGGAACAUGGGAGAAGAAGACGCUGUUGAUGUAGACGAUGGGGGCCUCAAUCUCGGUCUUUUCGCGUAUCCCGUACUACAGGCGGCGGACAUCUUGGCUUAUAGAGCAACCCAUGUCCCUGUAGGAGACGACCAAACGCAGCACUUAGAAUUGUGUCGUGUUAUCGCGGAUCAGUUUAACAGGAAUUUCAAAGGGAUGGAAAAACUAUUUCCUUUACCUAUUCAACUCAACACUCCCUCAAAGAGGAUCCUCUCCCUCCGAGACCCGACAUCCAAAAUGUCUAAAUCCGCACCAGACACAUCUUCCCGCAUCCUCCUCACCGACCCUCCAUCCACCAUCGCCAACAAAAUCCGCUCAGCAGUAACCGACUCGAUUCCCGGAAUAACCUACGACCCAGUCAAUCGCCCCGGGACAGCAAACCUCCUCACGAUUCUCGCUGCAUGCAAUUACGAUAAUGAAGACGUGCAAGAGACGGCUGGGAGAUACGUAGGGAAGAAUCAUGGAGCGUUGAAGAAAGAUCUGACGGAGGCCGUGGUGGAGUUGUUGAAAGGACCGAGAGAAAAUUUUGAGAAGCUGAGAACGGAGACUGGAUAUUUAGAGCAGAUUGCUCAAGCAGGAGCGGAAAAGGCGAGAUCGAGAUCAGAGGCUACCAUGGUAGAAGUUAGGAAGAGAGUAGGAUUAACAUAGACCAACCGUUUGUAAUUUAUUACAUGCUUUGACUUGCGUUAUACCGGCGCCUAUUUAGCUUG